AUGUUACGCGGCCACUUCAUCGUCAAGGGCGUCGCGAUCCUCUCCUUACUGUUCUCCUUCUAUUAUGUCACUUCACAGCGUGCGUUUGAGAACUUCCUCGACACUUUAAACAUCACAUUCGACGACUUUCCCCAAGAGUACGCAAAAGUCCUCAAUGAAUCAGUGGCCAACAAACAGCAACCCCCAGAGGACUUCGACUAUGAAUCGACCUUUAAGCACAUCCAAAUUCCCAGGAUCAUCCAUUACAUCUGGUUCAAAGACCUAUACCCGACUCGCGAAGGCGCCACAAAGAUCCCAUCGGUAGGAUCGCAAUCACCAGAACUCUGCCGCAAGUUCAACCCAAACUACGAAAUCCGCAUGUGGAAUGCAACCAGCGCGCGAGAUCUCCUGGCAGCAGAGUACAGCUGGUUCCUCCCCACGUACGACAACUACAGAUACCCUAUCCAACAGAUCGACGCAUUGAAGUACUUUGCCCUCUACCAUUAUGGCGGCGUCUACAUGGACCUCGACAUUGCUUGUCGACGAAACUUGGACCCGCUGCUCGACUUCCCAGCCUGGUUUCCAGAAGCAUCCCCACUAGGUGUCAACAAUGACUUGAUGGCCGCCGCGCCGCGCCACCCUGUCCUCAAGAGAAUGACUGAACGCCUCUCUGCAUACAACCGCAACUGGAUCUUCCCCUACAUCACCAUAUUCUGGACCACAGGACCGCACUUCACCACUGACAUUCUCCAUGAAUGGUACAGCUCAUCCGAUAGACCAGGAGUUGUCGACGGCAGCAAGAAAAAAGAAGCUGGUAAGUGA